CUCCAUGGUCGUACCCAUGAUGGUUUUCAGCUGUGUACGCGGCAAGAGACGAAUGUAAACAAGUAUAAAACUGGAAAUUAAAAACUGGAAGAAGAAAAGCACCUUCGAAAGUGUAAAUCACGUGUAACACAACAUCAUGAAACACUCGCUUGUAGUAGAUGAAAUGUUUCCUGAAGGCCCUGGACCAUUUAUGGAUCUUGAAAUGCCAGGAGGUUCGAACCGACUAUUUGUCGAUGUCAGUUUUGAUGAUAAAGCCGUUCAUGCAGAUUUUUUCAAUGAUUUCGACGACUUAUAUGAUGAUGAGGAUUUGGAAUAAUACUUUAUAGAAUGUGGAAGAUCCUUGAGCUGUCAUCACUUCAUUUGGAAUUACAGUUAAACGUUGAAAAUUGUAAAAAUAUUUAUGCAAGAAUUUAAUUAAAAACGUUGAAGUUUUAUAUAA